CGACGAUGCUCUUGCUUCAUUACAGUAGCACCUACGACCAGGUCCAAUGUCAACGAACGCAGAACCCGAGAUGAAGUAUACCAGUGGCGAGAAAAACUGGUACACAAAUCUAGCACUGUUUGGGGAUUCAAGUUCGGCUCUUUUCUUGAGUUUCGGACUCCUCGUUCUGUCCUUUUUCAUUUCCUUGUAUAUGGAUGGAAAUCUCCAAUCGGUAUCUUGGGAGCUCUCUUCGACCGAGAGAGCCUAUCGGAAACUCGGACCUAUACCGAACAUCGCACCGCCCAGAAUUUUCCAUGUCAACGACGAGCUUGGCGACAAAAAUCUUGUGUCGGAGGAGAUGCAGGAAGCCUUCGACAGAGACGGUGUCAUUGCUGUCAGAGGCCUCUUAGAUCCGGCAUUGCUUAGUGCUCUGGACGACGCAACACAAAUGAUUGUUUCUCGGCAGAAAGAAAAAGACAAAGCGAAAAGCAAAACGAAACCAAAAGUCUUGACGGGACGCAAGAAAGCUCCGAAACAAUUCUUUACGGUGAACCAGGGCACUAUUUUCUCAUCGGUGGAUGGUGGCAACUCUACUUCCGUAGACUCUCCGUUUGUAAAAGUUGCAAUGACGUCAAAAAUCCCGCAGGUCAUAGCCGGCCUGAUUGGUUUCGAUUGCGAAACUUGCGAACAUGCAAACAAAACACUAAGAAUAUUGAGAGACAUUUUCCUCGCCAAGGACGAGGAAGAAUACGUCUGUGGGUGGCAUGUAGAUGAUGUUGGAUUUUGGCCUGCGAUAGUGGAAGAACUUGGCGAGCCCGUUGGAGUCAAUGCCUGGAUAGCUCUGGACGACAUGCCCACCGAAAUUGGUGGCGGUUUUGCUCUCGCUGUCGGAUCCCAUUCAUCACCAUGGAAAGAAGAGGCCUACCGCUCGAUAGGUUCAACCCAUAGCUUUCCCAAAGCUGGUUUCAAUUCAUCCAGAGACAUACUGCAGAAUCGUCCAGGAAACGGAACGUGCAAUAUAGAACACACUGCUCCCCAUCUACAUCGAAGAAUGGAGGAGACUAAGAGAGUAUACAACAUCAAAGGUGAGUACAGUCUCGUGUUGGUUAUCGGUUAUAUCGCUUUUCUGGAGCGAUUUUAUGGUUCUGGAUACUUUUCAGUAAAUACGUGACAAGCAAACUAUGAAACCAUUGACUAACAACACCUUUAUUUGACGAACCUUGUGUGACUAUCGUAUAGCUGGAGACAUAAUAUUCCAUACUCGGUGGCUUUUUCACAAAACAAUUCCAUUCAGCAGAGACGUAGUUUCGAAACGAGCUGCCAAAAACGAAGAGCCUAUCGUGUAUCGACGUUAUUCGAUUCGCUAUGGACCGGGCACCUCUAUCAUUCCACCUGGCUACGGCACCGAACCUAGUGUUAUUUCGGAAGAGAAAAAUGGUGGACGAAGUGCAGAUCAUGUGAGCGAACACGAUGCCGCGUGGUAUCCACGGUAAGUCUAAAAACAUUCUCGAUUUCUGCAUAGGUUUUGUUUCUUCAAGCUUUGGCACUCGGCUUACCUUAAUCCGCAACACUAUUGGUUUUCUCGAAAAGCGUAUGGCCAUCUAUAAUCGAUAACGAAAUUGAAGAAAUGCAACUGCUCGCGAAGGAUAGACUUCCAAAAGCGUUACAAAAGAGUGACCAGAGGCGAAAAGUGAUUCGACCCAGAGUCAAACGACAGUAUUAAAUAGAAUUGGCCGACUUGAAAAUGUUAACGUGCAGGUCAGAUAAAGAAAAACAUUGAUUUAUUUUUACAAUUCAAUGGCCGAGUUUAUGAUCCCGCUAGUCUUGCGAUCAUUUGUUCCGCAUCGAGUUGGAUUUGAGGAUCGUUACACCUUGCCUUGACAUCCAUAAUUCGACGUCCAUCUUUCAUUCUUACCGCUUCUUCGAGCGCCUUCUUCCACAUGCCCCCUUCUCCGUAAAGACCGAAUCUCUCAUCCGGCACUGUAAUUCUUUCUAUGUAUCGCAAAAUGUCACCAGGCGGUUGGCGUCCCUUUAUCGCAGCCCUCGCAAACGGCGUAAACCCAAUUGGCGACUUUGUUCGAGAAUUGGCCAAGUGAAGAAGAUUCUUCCACUGUUUUGUCUCUGAAAAGGCUCUGACUUUCGUAUGCCAUAACAUCUUCUCUGGUACUCGAAACUUCUUCGCUACUUUGUCGGCAUCAUUUAGCAGUCGGUUCUUGUCCCUUUCGUUUUUACCAGCAAAGCGUAAAAUGGAAUAAAUCGUUGAAACUACAGAUGAUGAUUCAGGUGCAACUUCAGAUGCGCUGUAUUUUGUUCGGAGAAUGUCUUGAUCUUUCAGCAACUCGAUGUACUCGUCAGUGCAUGUCUUGUGAAAAGAGGUGUCUUUUCCCAUGGAAAGAAUCUUUGAUGCUUCGGAAAGAAUUGCUUGCUUUCCGCGUGAUUCAGUCUUACCAUCAAGUGCUCGCCUAGCUAGUGUCAUCCCUGCAUCUACGAAUUUUUGUCGUCUUAUUUGAAGGCUGAUUUCGUUCUUGACAUCAGGCAUGGUCCCAGUAUACUUUCUUAUCGUAUUAUAAGAUUCUUGAGAGAACUUUGUCACCACAGAUGUCAGAAAAUUCUUGUUACCUUGUACAGGGUCUUGCACCUCAGACAUGCAGUGCUUUCUGUACUCCAUGGUAGCGUAAAAGAUGAAAUCGCUGUCUCUGGCAGAAGUCGCAACAGCUACAGCAUCUGCAUAUGAACCAAUCGAGAUUAAUGCAGGGACUUUGUCUACAACGCUAGUCUCCAAUAGCAGUAGAAGCGAGGCAACCCCCGGCCGUCCAGCCUUGAUGGACGCCAUCGCGACAGUAGCGUAUCCUCCUCGAUUGAUGAUUGAUGAAGUGUAUUUAGACGCGCUUGCUGACCCAUAUUUAUCUUCUGUGAUAAUUCGGAUAGCACCUUCUGCAACAUCCGCAUCUGAGCGAUCCUUCGACGCGAUGACAAAUGCAGCAGCCUUUGCGGCACGUGCAUACAACUGUACUGAUUUUGGUAGGAAUAGAUAUUUGCUGAUGGAAGCUCCCAGUGCUGGCUUCUUCACGGCAAUCAAACGGGCAAUUACACCAACUGGUGUGAUAGCAUCAUACUGAGCAGAAGUAAGAACAAUUCCCACAGAAGGAUUUCGAAGAGCAUUCAAUAUCCGCAGCCUCUUAGACGUUUCAACAAAUUUAGCCGUUAUUCGGGAUGGCAUUGUCUGAGUAUUUCCAUCUUCUUUUUCAUCUUCAUAGAUUCCACCCAUCACGUUCCUACUUCCCUUCAAGUUCUUAAAUGUAAAGUGCAUUCCAUAUGAUGCUGCCCGCAAUAGGCGUUUCUGAGUUGCUAUGUCAAAUUCCCUCGCAGCAGCAUCCGUGCAUCCCUCGAUGGCUUCCGCUAGCAUGCCUGUUUUUGUGAUUGCACGGGCAGCCUCGUCCGAAGAUAUUGAUCCGUUAUCAAAGGCAUCAGAUGCAUCCAAAAGCAUGGCAGCUGGUUCGAUAGAUCCAAUUCGCAGCAGCAGAGCGGUAGCUGGUGGGACUCUUUGUAGUAGUUCAACGGAAGCAUCUGAUACCACACGACAACAGUCUAUCUCUGGAAUCAAAUACAAAUUUCCGUGGUUCUCGUAGGGAAAUCGCAACCAAUCUCCGUAGGGACCAACCAUUAAGAUGCCUAAAUUCUUCCAG